AUGGCAGCUCAGCGGCUGGGCAAGAGGGUGCUGAGUAAGCUGCAGGCUUCGUCGCGGGCCCGCGGGCCGGGGGGCAGUCCAGGGGGGCUGCAGAAACGACAUGCGCGUGUCACAGUUAAGUACGACCGGCGGGAGCUGCAGCGGCGGCUGGACGUGGAGAAGUGGAUAGACGGGCGCUUGGAGGAGCUAUACCGAGGCCAGGAGGCAGAGAUGCCUGAUGAAGUCAACAUUGACGAGCUGUUGGAAUUAGAGAGUGAAGAGGACAGAAGCCAGAAAAUCCAGGGGCUCCUGAAAUCCUGCGCGAACCCCACAGAGGACUUCGUCCAGGAGCUGCUGGUGAAGUUGCGAGGCCUCCACAAGCAGCCCGGCCUCCGCCAGCCCAGCCCCUCUGGUGACAGAAGCCUGAGCCCCCUCCAAGACCGGGCCCGGACCUUGCCGCCCUGA